AUGAAGAUCCCUGUUAGUAUUUCUUUAAGUACCUAUUUAGCAUACUAUAAAAAAGGUGACAAUUGUGAGCCUCAACGGAAAUUAAAAUCUGAAAACUUUGAAUGGGAUGCGAAUCAUCCCAAAUCACUUUCUUCUCUUUGUGUUGAAAAAUUAAGUGAAAAUUGGGUUGGAUCUCCCAAGUUGAAUGAACUAAUUGCGAAGGAUCGUGACUUGUUCCUGCAAAUUUUAAAUACUAAUGUACCACUUCAAAUUUUGGUUGAUAAUAUAAAAAAUGAUGUAUUUUGGAAAAGAUGUUAUUAUUCUAAAUGGAAUGAUUCGUUGUUUACUAAUGAACAAAAACCAUGGAUCAAUCUCUUCAUAGAGCGUUUUUAUGCAGAUGUAUUGGAAAAAAUGAAUCCAAAGAAUUACGAUCCGGAGAAGGCAAAAAAGUUGGUAAAGCUUUGUGGACCUUAUGUUCAAUCGUUGAUAAUAAAAAGCUUAGUUCCAUCUGAUAUUCCUGUACAGAGGACUACCUCUCCAGAAAUGGCUGAUCUGAUAACAUGUCGGCGACAGAGUGAGCAAAAAACAUCAAAAAAUAUCCAUCAUUUAAAUAGAGAUCAUAUAUCGUUACAUGCAGCCUUAGGUAGUUUAACUAAUUUGACAGAAUUACACAUCACUUACCAGCUGAGUUCUGUUGGCGAGGAAUAUAGAAGAGACCAAUUUCAGUUCACUAAUAAUGAUGCAAAGAAUUUAGCGUCCGGCUUGGAGAAAUGUUAUCUCUUGAAAGUACUCAGAAUUACUAGAAGUGACAUGAAUUGUCAAAGGGUAAAAUAUAUUUUACGUGGACUAUCGGAAAACUUAAACCUAGAAACUCUAGACUUCAGCCACUGCAAAAUUGGCGACGAAGGUGCGUCGUUUAUCGCCAAAUUCAUAUCGAAACGCGACAAACUCAGAAAUCUUAUUUUGACAGACAAUCUGUUUGGGCCCGAUGGAGGUGAACAUAUAGCACAUGUAUUAAAUCAUACAUCUUGUGGUCUGCGAACCUUAGAUUUGCGACUAAAUAAUAAACUUGGCUCAGAUGGUAUCGCACACAUAGCAGUUUCACUUGCACGGGGAUGCAAUCUAACCUCGUAA